AAGAGACAAAGCUAUUUCCCUAACGUUAUUUCUCUAGAAUCGCCGUUCUACAAAAGUGGCUUGUUCUUUAUAACUGUAUUUUUUGAGUUAUCUUGUAAUAUUUCUGUUUUCUUCUCUCUCUGUUCUAAUAAGUAUGGUGCCCUAUCUUAUUUUAAAUAUAUACAGUGCAACUUAAUGCAACUAUAAAGAACAGAUAUAUUACGGAUCUCAUGAAAGAACACAUUCGUUUCAAUAUUAGUCUAAAAUUCAGUGCAUUUAAUUCAGUGUUCUCCUUGGUAAGGAGAGUUGUCAAUCACUUAGAUUAGAUUAGGUUAGGUUAGGUGUUCACAAAUUAUCAAUACUACAGAAUAUUUUACUGUGCUAGAUUUAAAGACACUAACUAGUUAUAUAUAUUUGAUUAAAUCUCAACAAAGUGUUCUAUACAAUUUUCAACAAUUGCCGAAAAUGUUAUCAGCAAUUGUAAAAGAACAUCAGAGUAAGCAAGUAAUAAGGAAAGAAAGACAAGAGCAAAAGCGUAAAGAAGCUGUUCAGGCUGCGAGCAACUUGACUCAAGCUCUCGUUGAUCAUUUGAAUGUUGGGGUGGCCCAAGCAUAUUUAAAUCAGAAAAAAUUAGAUGCAGAAGCAAAGCAAUUACAGCAUAGUGCAACCAAUUUUGCCAAACAAACACAGCUAUGGUUGAAUUUGGUAGAAUCCUUUUCAAGUUCUUUAAAAGAAAUUGGGGAUGCAGAGAAUUGGGCACGUAGUAUAGAAGGAGAUAUGCGAACAAUAGCUACAGCUUUGGAAUACUCAUAUAAAGCUACACAGGAAAAUCAAAGUGUUGGAAAUGUUUAAAAAAAGAACUAUAUGAGAUAGUUUGUAAUUAUAUAAGAAUUUCAUAAUAAUUCUAUAGUAUGAAGUUUAUGUUAAAAUAUGAAGUUAUUAUAAUUUAAAUUAUGUAGGAGAAAAAUUUUGUACAUAAUUUUUUUAGAAUUAAUAUGUCAUGUUCUAAUUAAAAUAAUUAUCGUUUGUAAUAUUAUCAAGUACAUUUAACCUUUUAUUUUUA